CAGAAGACGCGCAUGCGCCAAUGACUGCGCCUAUUAUUUUGUUCUUCCGAAGCAAUAAACGAAGAGCCGCCCGAACGUGCGCUGAUCAAUAUAAAAUAUUAACACGCGGAAACAGAUUUGCUCGUAGGCAAAUGUUUUCAUACAUGGAGUUACACGACACCUAACGUUUGUUCUCGCCAGGCUGCGGGGUCCGCCAUCAGGGGAUUGGAGGCCGAAAACACGGCAGACCGACAGGACAUGCAGAGGUGUUUUUCUAUGUAAAAGCUAUCGAGCUAAGCAGGGGCAUCGGAGGAGCAAAACGUUGAAGAGUUUUCCAGCACCCCUCCUUUGGCAGAAAGGGCUACAGCUGCUGUCAUCCACACCGACCAGCCGUCAGGAUGGCGCACCUCCGCGACAUGCAGAAUCAGAAUUCCCGGCUUGACCCGGAGGAGUAUUUCACAAAGCAGGAGCGCAUUGGGAAGGGGUCUUUUGGUGAGGUCUAUAAGGGCAUCAACAAUCGCACCAAAGAGGUGGUGGCCAUCAAGAUCAUUGACCUGGAGGAGGCAGAAGAUGAGAUCGAGGACAUUCAGCAGGAGAUCACGGUGCUCAGCCAAUGUGACAGCCCUUAUGUCACCAAAUACUAUGGCUCAUAUCUGAAGGGAACUAAGCUGUGGAUCAUCAUGGAGUAUUUAGGAGGUGGCUCUGCUUUAGAUCUUCUGAAACCAGGGCCACUAGAGGAGACGUAUAUUGCCACUAUACUGAGGGAGAUUCUGAAGGGACUGGAAUACUUGCAUUCAGAGAGGAAGAUUCACCGUGAUAUCAAAGCUGCCAACGUGCUGCUGUCUGAGCAGGGGGAUGUGAAGCUGGCAGACUUUGGUGUGGCGGGACAGCUCACAGACACCCAGAUCAAGAGAAACACUUUUGUGGGAACUCCUUUCUGGAUGGCUCCAGAGGUCAUCAAACAGUCUGCUUAUGACUUUAAGGCAGACAUUUGGUCCUUGGGAAUCACAGCUAUCGAACUGGCUAAGGGGGAACCCCCAAAUUCAGAACUGCACCCCAUGCGAGUGCUGUUUCUCAUUCCCAAGAACACUCCCCCGACACUGGAGGGGUCCUACAGCAAACCCUUCAAAGAGUUUGUGGAGGCCUGCCUCAAUAAAGACCCACGCUUUCGGCCCACUGCCAAGGAGUUACUGAAGCACAAAUUCAUCACGCGCUACACCAAGAAAACAUCCUAUCUGACAGAGCUCAUUGACCGAUACCGGCGCUGGAAAUCUGAGGGCCACGAGUCCAGCUCAGAUGAUUCUGACAUGGAUGGAGAUGGUGAUGACAGAGACCAGUGUCCUGUAUGGACGUUCCCCACAGUCCGGCCCAGCUCCAUGAACAAGCUUCAGAAGGGCUACACAAACACAGACUCCGAGGCAGCUGAGACGGUAAAGAGGCAACCUAAGUCAAAAUGUCUGUCAGCGCUGGUCUCUCCUAUCUUCAGAGAGUUAAAAGAGAAGAGGAGAGCAUGUGGAGGUGGAAUGGGUGCCAUAGAAGAGCUGGAGAACGCCUUUAACCUGGCAGAGGAGUCCUGCCCAGGCAUCUCUGACCUCCUGGUCACACACAUGAUGGAGAGAGUGUGCAGGUUUUCUCUGAAUGGCAACACCACACCAUCAUCCCGGUGAAGCCCUGCCCCUGCUGCUGCUGCUCUGCCCCCUCCUGCCCUAAACCCCCAGAGCCCGAUCAGGACCAGAACACCACUGCCCAUCCUCCACCCUCUCUCACCCCAGAGAUCAUUUAAUUAGUUAUGAUUCAAUAUUUUUUACAGUUUUCUUUACAGAAUGGAAAGUAUUUAAGAGAAAAAAAAAAAGCCAUGUCAAUGAGUGAACUGUGUUUACUGUUAGAUCAAAAACCAUAUAAAGUUUAUGGAAAUGUCAUGUUGUGUGGUUUGCUGGUGUGUACGGCGAUAAAUACACUGAUUUUUUUUUUUCCUUCAUAUUUUUAAAAACUAUUUUAACUUAAAAAAAUUUAAAUGUGUUUACAAAAGAAAAUAUAAAAUGUACAUAAAGUCUGGUCAAGGACAACUUUUUAGAAAAAUGUAAAAGUUAUAUUUUAUAUUAUACAAAAUUAUGCAUUGUGAUUGCCCAUCCUGGCUAACUGCCACUGCGAAAAAUCUGUCUUGUUUUCCCAGUAAAAUAUCUAUACAUUAUUAAAAUGAAAAUUUACCUUAGAAAUAAAAAUCUGAAUGAGAUAUUAAAGGGACGGUUCACCCAAAAAUGAAAAUUCUGUAAUUUUUUCAUCAUCAUGUAGUUCCAAACUCAUGAUUUUCUUGCUUUCGUGAAACAAAAAGAGAUCCUAGGAAGAAUGUUGGCCUUGGUCACCAUUCACUCUUAUUGCAUCUUUUUUCCAUUCAAAAGUGAAUGGUGACUUAUGCCGUCUUUUUGCCUAACAGCUCAUUUUGUGUUCCACUGACGAAAGAAAAUCAUACAGGUUCAAAUCAACACAAGUGUAAAUAAUUAAAAGUGAACUAUCCCUUUAAAACAUGAUUUCAGAGAAUGUAGCGUGAAUAUAUGUUUUGUCUUAAAAAUAAUGUCUUGGAUACAUUUUUUCACUUAUUGCCGCAAAUCUCGCUAAAUGUAUCAUUUUAUUUCUUAUUUAUACAGUGUGUUGUAGUUAUGUUCCUGCUGCUGCCAUAUUUCAGCUUUUCAAUUAAAUCCCUAGCCUGAUUUCA